AUGAUGAAGAUCGAGGUAUUUGGGGAUGAGGUCAUAAGAAACUGGCGACCCAUCGAUUCUGAGUUGUGGAGAGACAAAAUGAAAGGACUAACUCGGAUGUGUCUUGGAAACGGAUAUCCAGAAGAAGCAAUGCAACACAACAUACGAAUUGUGAUGAAGAGAUGGAAGGACGUGAAUAUGCCUACCCUCCUGCGGAUUGGUUGGAAAGCUGCGGCUGAUGCAAUGGAAAUGCCAGAUUUGUACAAUCCUGAUGGAAAGGACAAGCCUACACAAGUUGGAGAAGUCAACAAAAUGGAGUGUUUCGGAGUGUACAGCAUAAAGUGCAAGACUGUGAACAAGAAUACUUCGAAGAGACGGUAA